CAUAAGUUUACAGCCGUCAUCACGUUCGGCGAACAAAGAACGAACGCCUUUCAUUGGCCAUACUUUUUUGCGCAGACAACAAUUGACACUGCUGUGCAUAGCAUAGGCCUGGCUUAUAAGCCCGAGUCGGUUUCGACGGCGAGCUGAGUUGGAUGGUGGCGUCGUCAACGUGGAUGGAUCCAGCGUUCCUAUGUCAUCUUUACGCAGUUUGGCGCAUUGUUUGAUUUUUCUAAUGGAACAAAGGCGGUACAACGGUUAUUUGUUCGAUGAAAGUGACUCCUAUUGGAAAACUCUUCCGCAGAGAUACCGGAAUAUAGCAUUAACUUGUUUACCAAUGGCAAUAAGCCAAUGCAAAGCAAAUUACUGUGAAAAUAUAUGUUUAAAAGUAUCAGCAUUCUUACUUGUUGUCAGAUCUUUGUCCACAGAGAUGAUAAUUUUGCAAAAACACUUGAUACCUAUCGAAGGUUCGACACGUUAAAAUUCUCAGAGGACAUCUUUAUCUCAAUGCAUCACCCUAGCAGGGGCAGCAGUGCUAGUGAGAAUGUGUCAGCUGAAUCACGCAUUUGUAUCGCACUCUCUAUUACUGCCUGUGUCAUUCUGGUAUUUAAAGCGGCGCUUAAUCCGCCUAGAAGCUCUGCCAAGAGACAUAACGGGGCAGGGAGUAUUUUAACAAUGUAAUAGCUCAUUGCAAUAGCCGCAUUUGCCGCUCUAACGAUAGGCGUUGCAUGGAAGCGUAACCUCGUAUAGUUUCUAGAGAGAAUGACUAUAAACUCGCCAUAUGUUCUGCAUACUGUUUUGUGCUAUAUGUUGAUAAUUUUGCAAGGAUAUGUUACGUGUCUGGAGCGUGAGUUGCUGUCUUAUGAUGUACUGAAAAACUUCACCGUGAGAACGGGUCGAUCGAUUGAUGAACAGUUCGUUAGGGCCAAUGACGACAACAACGACGACGACGAUAAACAAACGGUGUUUAUCAGCUUUGAAUCGUACGGGAGGCUGUUUACCGUGAAAGCGCAUCCCGCACGUCAUUUAUUCAGUAAGGAUUUCCGGCUAUACGAACGAGGUCGAAACGGUAUCGUUCGAGAACACAAAGUGAAUUUUAACGAAAUGCAUAAACGCUACCUUGAAGGGAAGGUUUUGGAUGAGCCCAACUCGCGUGCAGUACUCUAUUUUGACGGUGAAGUCCUUGCCGGCAGCAUCUAUCUCACGGACGAGGUAUACACAAUUGAGGAGGCCUUUCUUCGCGAGAUAAAGUCACCACUUGGAAGAACGUUUGCCGCUUCACUUCACAUAAUCUACAAAGAUUCGGAAAUCAAUGGGAUGCGAAAUGCAACUAGUUGUACCCUAGCCAAGGAUCGUCUCCGGAGAGGUGGAUUCUAUUUGAUGGACGAGGAACAUUCGGUAGGAAAGGACUUCUCGCCGGAACUAAAUCGAUGCGGGAUCAGGUUGAUUGCCGAUCACACAUAUUUUCAAAUUGUUGGGCAAGGCAGCAUAGGUAAGACCAUUGACAAAAUGGUCACCCAGAUUCAGCGAGUGAACGUUAUAUUCAACGAAACUGAAUUUGUUGACGAUGAUCAUAACGGAUACUUCAACAUGGGCUUUUUAGUGCAGGACGUUCAAGUUCUCACAGAGCCAACGCCAAACAGUAGUGGAAAAAUCCACUUUAAUAUGGCCGGAGAAAUCAGCGCAGAAGACCUGCUACAGUCGUUUGCCGAAGAGGAAGCGCAGGAGAAUGAAUGGGCGUGUCUAGCACAUCUUUUCACAGCUCGAAAUCUCGAUGAUGGCGUAUUGGGCCGCGCUUUUCUCGGUCACACAACAGCAGAACGAGGUAUUUGUGCACGGCCUGUUCUUGCAAAUUCCACGGACGGCCAACGAAAAGUGCGUAUCGUGCAGAACGUUGGAUUGACGACAUCGAUCAUAAUGGGGUCUCGCCUCCUUAGCCGAGUCUCUGACAUCGCUUUAGCUCAUGAAUUAGCUCACGGCUGGGGCGCCGAACACGAUCCCGACACGACGGAGUGUCUCCCGCCAGACGCGCGUGGAGGUGCAUACAUAAUGAAUGCCCACUCAAACACUGGACGCAACAAUAACAACCGAUUGUUCUCUCCGUGUAGUAUUCGGCAGAUUAUGCUCGUGCUGAAGUACAAAUCGAAAUGCUUCAUCAAACGCUUACCGAGCCGCUGUGGAAACUUCAUCAUCGACGACGGAGAGGAAUGCGACGUGGGGCCAAUCAAAGACAACGACCCAUGUUGUACGCGGUCUUGCCGGUUGCGCGACAACGUCCGUUGUAGCGAUCAAAACCACAGCUGCUGUAAGAAUUGCCAGCUGGCACCUGAAGGAACUUUAUGUAAAUCACGUUUGCCAAACGAUUGUAUGGACGAUUCGUUCUGUUCCGGUGAAACAGAACGCUGUCCGCGCCAAAAGCCGCUUCCUGACAAUACAACGUGUUCGGAUCGAGGCACCUGUAGCUCAGGACAGUGUAUCCUUUACUGCCAGUCGAUUGGGUUAACGUCUUGUGCAUGUGAGGGCGAUCUUGCAUGUUACCGUUGCUGUCGGGAAUCCCUCUUUGAUGCGUGUAAUCCAGUAGUACCGGCAGAUAGAUUGCCCGACGGAACAAUGUGUAAGGAUGGGUUCUGUAGGGAAGGACGGUGCAAGAAGAAGGUACAGGACGUUGUCGAGCGAUUGAUCGGGAUAAUCAAAAAGGCCAAUCCAUCUUGGAUAAAAACAAUCCUUCGCGCGUAUUCGGUUCCAUUGAUCAUCGUGUCUCUAUCCAUGGUCUGGAUUCCUUGUGCUGUCUGUUUACAUUACUACAAAAAAGAGACAUACAGCUUCAGAUCAAUGCCAGCAGCGCGAAGCUCAAUGAUCCCUUCCAGAGGGUCAAUGGCACUCUUGAAUUCGCAUCGAAGUUCUGCUUAUGUUGGUGAAAUGGAGUAUGAGCCUCGACCAGGAAGAACGUUUAUGUUUUCUGAUGACUAAAGUUUGCCUAUACGUACGUUCCAUGUGGCAUGAAGCUGCACUGCAAGUUAACGAUGCAAGUUAAUGACAGUACAUUAGCUGUUGUUUGUGGAAGAGUUGUGGUGGUUUUCCCACAUAGGCACGUUUUAGGCUAUGUGCCACUUGUGCUAUUCAUAAUAUCGGUUCAUUUAUUUAUAAUCGCUAAUGAUAAGUAAGGUGCGUAUAAAUGCAGCGAAACGUCUCGACGAUAGAUAUGAUAUUGUGAAAACUGUCUCAGUAUAAACGUAUCUAUUGAGAAUAUAGAGACAUAAUUUAUUGAACGCCGUAACUGCGCAGCUGUAACUAGGACCUGUAAAAAUGUCACAUUUACGAUGCCUUACGGCAGUCCCAAGCCAUGACUGUUUCGUAUCAAGCUAGGCUCUUCUUUGUGUGUCAAUAUAAAGCAUUUGUACAUUCAGUUAUGGUUUAUAAGUCCCAAUAAAUACAUGUGAAAAGCCUUGUAAAUUUUGGUAUGGUAAAGGUAUGACCGGCGUUGCUGUUGGUUUGUUCGAGGCAGAUCGAGUGUUAUACCCUUACCAGACAGACAAAUCUUCAUAUGUUAUUUAUGCUUUUAUCUAAGAAUUAGCUAUAUAAUGAAGAGUUAUGAUACGUUCGAAUGAUUUCGAUAAACACACGCGCCCUAAGAGCAACUUAAUAAAAAAAAGGAGAAAAGAGGCGAGGCCGAUACGAAAUGCGUAACGAGAAACGGAUUUAUGUCAGUGAUAUAUUUUCAGCUGAGCUUGCCGCUGUCGGCCUCGAACACUUUGUUUCUAAUGAUAAAUCCUCUUAACGAAUGAUCGGACAAAGAGUAUUUAUAUCUCGAUUUCUAUAAAAAUGGUGAAUCAUUAUAGAUAUUUUUAUUGUAAUGGACAUAAUACUGGUGCAAGGUAUUCACUUUUACUGCGCGCAGGCGGCGCACAAUGCUCUAUAAUUUCGAAAUAUGGACACAUAAAAGCAAGUCAAUUAUCAUUUGUCACUGAUGGUAUCAAUAUAUAGAGAUAUAUAUAGAUGAUCAUAUUCCCUAGAUUGUCUAGUUCAACGACACCUUUCUGAUUUCAUUGUAUAGUUCACCAUUAUUACCAUAGUUUAGCCAAAAUUUUAGGUAAACCUUCCAUCUAAAAUAGAUGAUUCAAAUUUUACGUCCCAUGCCACCGCCUUAGUCAACCAUUGCUUCACAAGAUUGAAUUUUUCUAGCUUUCAACAAGGAGCAUCUGCACUCGUAUUUAAACCUAGACCAUCUAAAACCAUUGCUACGGCUUACAAAUAUCUUGUUGAAGAGACAACAGGGUUUAGUUUGUAGAAGUGCACUGAAAUGGAAAGACAAUAACAUACAGGUAGAAUUAUAAAGGCAAAGUAUUAAUUAGAAAGGCCAAGUUGGAUGGUAAGGUAAUUUUAUAGCGAAGUGUGGCCCCACGAGGCGCCUAUCGCUGAAAUUUUCUGAUUUGAACCUAUAACUUUAAUAGGAUCAUCUGUUUAACAUCUGUACUUGAUAUAUACAGAUGCAUAGGUACAGAUGAACAUUUAGAAAUUUCUUGACAUAAUCAUUGUUGUCAGUCAUAUAUUCUAUAUGCCUGGUUAGCACAGCUUUUAUCAAUACCAAACGAAAGUAUUAAUUAUGUUAAGUCGACAGCAUAUUUAAUUUUAGAAGAAUAUGUCUUGUCGCGGGGCUCAAAUCUACCUAUUCUGACUUUUUACAAAGGAAAAUCGUUGGUUGCAGAUUAUCGCAGGCAUUUUAUACUAUUCCUGUGAAGUAGCCUCUUAUGAUGUUCGAAUAGUAGGCCUUUCGUACUCGUGUCUAAAAUGGCAAAGAUGAAGGCUGAACGGAGGACUAGAUCAGAUGUGAACCGAAAUAUCUGCGAAGCCAAAUAUCGUCCCUUAUUUUAAGAUCUUUAGUUUUUUGAUCAUGGCAAACGCCGCUGAGCGUAAGGAAAAGGCACCCGACGAUCGAGAUGAUAUAAAGCGAGCCUUCGGAACACAUGCUAGAUCAACCGGUGUUAUUAGUUGACUAAAAAAAAAACGUUAAACGAUCAAGGUUCGGCAAAUGCGACGCUGUACCAAAGCAACCUGCAAUGCAAAUAGUUAAAUUCAUCCAACGUUGAAAGAUUCAAUCAGUUUUUAUUGGUUUUUAUGUUUGCUCUGAAAGCCGUGAAGUAGCGUGCAUCAGAGCGACCUCAUUCCCCAGCUGCUUGGUUAAUUUAUUAUUAUUAUUUAUGACCUACAUAAUAUUGGCCGUAUUGUUUCAGUGACAAUCAGAAAAUCUGUUCCUUAAAGUAAGAAAACUACUUAACUGUUUAAUAAUACAAACAAGGGAGAACACACGGAAUAAAAUGAUAUGGGUAGAAUUACAUUCUAAAUGAAAUACAUGUUGGUUCAAUAUCACAGUAUUGCUAAUGUUCCAUAGGCUCAUUGUGUACGAUAAACAGGUAACAAAAUCGAUACGCAUUUACAUCAUGUUUCCAUGUUAGAUAGUCAUGAAUUUAAUGAUAAUAAAGCAUCGCUUUAGACACUUGGCUAUAAUUAACUUUACAUUAACUUAUUGUUUAGAAAAAAUAUUCAGUCGUGCCCAUAAGGUCAUUGGGACUUCCCUAAACGCUCUUGUUUUACCAGUUCAGCGCGUACUUUGUCGGGAGUUUAUUUAUAUAUAGCUUUUCUAAAAUUCGAUGGUCAGCCAUUUCUAUUAUCAAAAAUAUCAGGAAGUUACCAGAUGUAGUUGUAUAUUUGAGUUUGGGAUGUUGCGCUGGCAUCUUUUUACGAUAUUCACAAUAUAACAAAGAGUCACUUAACAAAAAUAAAACUUAAUAAAUAAAAAAUGAAAAAACAAAAAAAGGAAGACCUGUCGUUUUAUUCCUUUUAAAAAGAGACGGCUUUUCCAGAUACUUCAGAUAGUGUCCAGUUGUCAUGUCUGUGCGUUAAAUAAGAGAAAAAGCGUAGAACCCCACUAGAAACAUAAGCC